AUGUCAUACCCACACACCCUCACCUCCCUCACCCCACGCGAAGCCAUCACCGACGCCUUAUACCGCGCCAUCAUAGGAUUCGACCGCAAUGACGUCUCAAUCUUCAACUCGGCAUUUGCCGAAGACGUCAUCGGAGAAAUACGUGCUGGUGACGGAGGAAUCAUCGACGGUCUCUCUAACGUCCGCGCACAGGUACUCGAUCACGUUGGACACAUGGAUACGACGCAUAUGAUCAGCAAUGUCCGCGUGGAUGUUAAGGAUGGAGCUAAUACGGCUUCUCUUACUGCUUAUGCGUUGGCGCAGCAUUGUCCACCGGGAAAGGGGAAGGAGCCAGAUGCCCCGAAAUACUUAGUGGGUGGAGAGUAUUGGAUGGAUCUGAUGAGGGAUGAGGGGGAUGGGUUGUGGAAGAUUAAGAAGUGGGUGUUGGACGUUAUUUGGACGCAGGGGGAUGCUUCGGUGAUGCAGAAGCCUCAUUAA